AUGAGUAAUAAAUUGUAUGUGUUAAUAAUAUUAUCAUUAGAAAUUAAGUGCACUUUGUCUGAGAAACUUAAAAUCGAAUGUGGAUAUAAGCAAUGUCCUCAAACAAGAGAUGGAGCAUUGAACGUUCAUCUUAUCCCUCAUUCUCAUAUGGACGCUGGAUGGGUAAAGACCUUCGAUCAGUAUUACUAUGGAACCAAAACCACAAUCAGCACAGCCAAUGUGCAACUGAUAUACCACUCCGUGUUAUCAGAACUGCUCCAUGAUAAGAGAAGAAAGUUCACCUUCUCUGAAACUGCAUACUUCUGGCGUUGGUGGAAGGAACAGCGUCCGACAACCAGAGCCACAUUCAGGACCUUGGUGCAAGAAGGCAGAGUGGAGUUCGCUGGAGGCGGUUGGGUCAACAACGACGAAGCUACACCAGAUUACCUCCACAUCAUUGAUCAGUUUACUUGGGGACUAAGGAAAAUUAACGACACUCUAGGACCCUGUGGCAAGCCCAAGGCAGCGUGGCAGAUAGAUACAUAUGGACAUACCCGGGAGCAGGUCUCUUUAUUGGCCCAAAUGGGAUAUGAUGGAUUAUUCAUUGGCAAAAUGUCGGAUAUAAUGACACACACGCUCUACAAUUUAUACAAUGCUCCAGAAGGCUUCUGUUUCGACUUCCUCUGCAACGACGAGCCCAUCAUAGACGACCCGGACAACAAGGUUUAUAAUGCGGAUAAGAGGGUAAAUGAUUUUAUAACACAAAUAGAGAGGCAGGCGAAGUACUAUGACCAUGACAAUAUUAUGGUGACCAUGGGAGGUGACUUCACGUACCAGAGCGCAGCCAACUGGUUCAUGAAUAUGGACAAACUUAUCAACCAUGUGAACACCCAUCCUGCGAACAUUUCUGAUAUUAACAUAUUCUAUUCGACGCCAUCGUGUUAUCUUAAAGCUAUUUACCUGUACGGGAGAAGAGAUAAGGCUGUCUUUACUGAGAAGGGUGACCAUCUACCUUAUGGAAGUGACUUAGUCACGUACUGGACAGGAUAUUAUAGUUCCAGGCCCAGCAUUAAAUAUCUGACAAGGAGAGCUCACGUGUUUCUUCAAGUGGUAAAACAGUUGACAGUAUUAGCAAAGAUGGGAGACUCGUACGAGUUGCAUCUGCUCCGUCACGCUGUCAGCCUGGUACUUCAUCACGAUGCUAUCACAGGAACCAGCCAACAACACGUCACCAAUGAUUUUGUCAGAAUAUUGACUGAAGCCAUCGACUCUUGCACAAAGAAAGUUUCAAAUCUGCUCAGCUUCUUGACCCCAACGUGGGGUGGGAGCAGACGCUCCAAGAACAACCAGCAGUUCAUUAUAUGUCACCAGUUAAACAUGAGUCAGUGCAGAUUCACAGAAAGCCAAGAAUCCAUGUUGCUCGUGGUCUACAACCCAUUGAGCAUAAAAACUUAUCACCACGUACGGUUACCCGCCAUUGCUCUGCACUACUCUAUCAGGGAUUAUAAUGAUGAAGAAGUGGAAUACCAACUGGUACCUCUCCCAGCUGCCAUCAUCAACCUCCCCGGUAGAUCCUCUACAGCCAUUCAGGAGUUGUACUUCGAAGCAGAGAACAUACCACCUCUAGGUUUUACCGCAUAUUACAUUUCACCAGUAAGAGACCAAAUGGAGGAGAAUGAGUAUCACAAAAAAUCGGCCCAAGGGAAAAUAGAAGCUGAACAAGAAAUAAUUCCUUUCAUUUCCAACGAGUAUCUAAAAGUAUCGGUAGACAAAAACACUGGUCUACUAGAGUCCAUUACGCACGUCGACGGCCUCAGGAUCGACAUAUCGCAAAACUUCUACUACUACUCCCAAGCCCAGCAACCUUUACAGUCUGGUGCCUACAGCUUCAGACCUGACAAGCCGAGACCAGUGCCAGUAGCAGAAAAAGUAUCCUACAACACCAUUCGAGGAUCUCUUAUUAAGGAGAUCCGCCAGAGAUACACGGAUUGGAUCACGCAAAUCAUCAGACUGUACCGCGGUGAAGAGUACGUGGAGUUGGAAUGGGUCAUAGGACCCGUGCCAAUUGGCACGGACCUUGGAAAGGAAGUAGUCACUCUGUUCAACACGAACAUCACCAGUGCCGGAGAAUUCUUCACUGACUCUAACUCAAGACAGAUGAUUAGAAGGAGUUGUUGGAACGAGACAGCAUUUCAACAAAACAAGAAACCAAUCGCAGCCUGCUACUAUCCUGUGACCUCACGAAUUUGCAUCCAUUCCAUCAAUACCACCACCGGCUUGUGUGUGCUGACGGACAGGACUCAAGGUGGUAGCUCUUACAACGAAGGGGAAAUUGAACUCAUGGUCCAUCGGAGGCUGCUCACAGAUGAUGGAUUUGGUCUUGAAGAAACUCUCAACGAAGAGGCUUACGGAGUAGGGUUGGUUGUCAAAGGAAAACAUAGAAUACUGUUUGGGAAUUUCAGACAGGAAGUUGAUGAUCUGAACUUCUCGGAGCGUAUGUCACUGGCAGCGAGGAAGUGGCUCUACGAGCCAUGGCUGUUCUUCACGCCUGGAGACAAGUUGAACAGGCGGAAAUGGCAGAAUGUCAGAAACAAAAGGUUCACAGCCCUGAAGCUGCAUGGUCUUCCGAGACACAUCCAUAUCCUGACGCUGGAGCCUUGGAAAGCUGGAUCAGUGCUCUUAAGACUUGAAAAUACAUUGGAAAAUCCAAUCAGAGACCGCUUCAAGAGUGACAAAUCUGAAAAUCCAGAUGACUAUACUGCCAAACCCUCGCACAUCACCGUGGAGUUGCGCAAAAUCUUCCUUCAGAUGCAGAUCAAGAUGGUCAGAGAGACCACUUUGGCUGCUAACCAAUGGCUGGAUGACGCUAGACAAAUGGAUUGGAGUACCAGAUACGUAUACACCGGCGCUGACGAUGGCAUGCUGACCGAAGAUGUGGAAGAAACCAAAGACAAGCCAUCCAAGCAAAUGGAAGAGCAGGACUCAGGUCAUUAUUCAGACGAAGACCAAGACAUCGCCAGAAGAAAACAAGUCAACCGCCAAAGGUUCAACGCCAAGAAUCGCGCCAGAACUAAAAUGCCGUAUCUGGAAAGAGAACGAGAAUAUGAAAGAAGGAAACGUUCUAUUAAUAUCACUGAAAAUGUAAUGGAGAAUAUUAUUAAUGACACGUUGGUUGACGAUUUUGUUAAUGAAACAACUACGAUAGCCUAUGUAAAACCUUCAAUGGAUGCUAAAACGAUGACACGUAACGUUACCGCAAAAGUUGAUGACUAUUACAGAAUACAGGGCACACAAAAAACACCGAAAAUGAAUUUUCUAAACAGAAUGAAACCCACCCAUUUGACUCAAGACUUUAAAGCAGAUGAAGCUGCAUCAUCUUCUGAAGAAGAUUUCUCUUCUAAUCUAAAGAAGAGAUCGCCGAGGAGAAGAAAUGGGCUUAAAGCUUCUAAAAGGCCUAAAGAAGAAGAUACUAUCAUAGUGGACUCAGAUGACGGUAUCACCAAAUCUAUGUAUGACAUGUACUACAGACGCCCUAAGCCACCACCGCAGUCACCGCACAAGAAGACUGAGAGGAGCUCCGAAGAAAAGAAUAUUAGGAAGAAGAAGAAAUCAAGAAGGUACAAGCCUCGAAGCGACUCCUAUGACGAACCACUAGAAAGGACAACGAAAAGAGCAAACAGAAGACAGAACAAGAGGAGAAAAGGCUUGACAGCUGACAUGCCAUUCUUUAUAAACGAGCCUAGCAGAAGAUUUAAUAGAGCUUUUGAAGAGAAGAGAAACAGACAGAAGAUGAUGUUAGAAGAGUCGAUGAAAGAAACUGCUAAAAGUUGGACGCAAAGAUCUAGAUCACGAAAGGACAGCAGUGGAGUGGAGAACAUGGAUUAUUCCGAGGAGGAAGAAUUGGAUAAUUUAGAAAAGGAAAUAACAGAUGCGAGAACUGAGAAUAAUAGGAGAAAGAGGACUUUGGCUAAAGAUGACGAGGCAGCACGUGAUGAUCCAAGCUCAGAGCCUGUCGAGGACCCGGAAUUUGUCGUCACAUUGAGACCAACCCAGAUUCGAACCUUCGUGAUCUGGUUCGAGAACACCAGGAAAUCAUUCGGCCCUGGUUAA